AGACAGAUGACAGCUGUCAACGCUAAUAGGUUAUAAUAAAUAUUAUUUUUUCGUUGUGUAGAAAUACUACAACAACAGACACAGUCGGUUUAAAAUGAGCGAUGAGGCAAGCGCGUCAGCGGAAGCCGAACCCGAAGAAACCGAACCCGAACUAGCGGAAGACAAACCCCAGAAGCCCCUCAACAUGUCCCCGGGUGCCGUGAAGCUGCGUAGUUGGCUGAAUAAAUCGCUUCGUAUACAGAUGUUCGACGGGCGGGUUCUCGUGGGUGUGUUUUUGUGCACCGAUAGAGAUGCUAAUGUGAUUUUGGGGUCGUGCACUGAAUACUUGCCCGCUGAGGACACCGACGGCACGAUCGAGGAGCCCCGAAUGCUGGGACUGGUCAUGGUUCCAGGCAAACACAUACAGACUGUUUCAAUCGACCAAAACCAGUACAAUUCUGAAGACUUGUGUACCCCAUUAACCAAAGACAUUAGUCCUGAAGACGUUACGUAGUUAUUUUAAGUGUGUUAACUAGGGUUCAAAGUUAAAUAAAAACAACGAAUAGUGUCA